AUGGGGGAAAUUCAAGGCUCGACAGAGGAGAUGCUUGUCCCUUUCUGGAAGUUCGAAGUAAUGCAAGUCAGCUGGAUAUCCUCGGGACCAAGGUUUCUGGUGACUGUUCUGGCAACUGCUGCGGCCGUUGCUUCGUACGAAGACUAUGCUGAACUUGGGAAAAGCAAGUCUGACGACGCCGAAAUAGUCAAAGCCAUAGACUACGAGACUAAACUUGCAAAGCAACAACGAAAGAAGAUAGAGCUACUGCAGGAGGAGACCGUCUGUUACACCGGCGUAGGUUGCUUCUCCAGGCGGGACCGCAUGACUCAUCCGAUAGCACUGCCGCAGGACCCGCGAGACGUGGGAACGCAGUUCCACGUGUACAGCCGGCGAAACAACGACAUUCCGACAGUGUUUAUGGAAGCGGGGCCGAAGUCGAUCGCUUCCUAUGCUCAUUUAUUCCGGGAGCCCAGGAAGUUGGUGGUCCUCUUACACGGAUUUACGCAGUCCGUAGGUUCUCGGUGGCUCCAUUACACCAAGGCAGCUCUCCUCGAAAAGGAGGACGCCAACGUCAUACUGGUGGACUGGGCCAACGGCUGCCGCUCCCCGAACUACUUUGCGGCCGUGGGCAACAGCGCGCUCAUAGGGCGCCAGGUGUCGCUGGCGCUGCAGUCAUUGGUGAACCAGUUUCCCGAAACUGUCGAUCCGGCCAACAUCCACGUAAUCGGCUUUAGUCUGGGCGGCCAAGCGUCCGGCUUCUGCGGCCGCCACUUUCUCAACACGACCGGACGCAGUUUGGGCCGGAUCACUGCUCUGGAUCCGGCGGGACCGCUGUUUGAGGAGAGCGAUGUCCACGUGAGCAAGGCGGAUGCGAAUUUUGUGGACAUCAUCCACACCAGUUACGGGUGGAACGUGCUCAAGGGGGACCUUGGCAUGCAAGCUGCCGCCGGCCACGUGGACUUUUAUCCCAACUUCCAGCAGAGGCAGCCUGGUUGCGACACCUUUAGUCUUUCAUGCCGUCACCGUAGGGCGCACAUAUAUUUCGUCGAGUCCCUGCUGUCUGAAUCGUGCAAGUUUGUGUCGACUGCAUGUCGGCCGGGCGCUACCGACCUGCAGUGUGACCAACUUCCAAGGGGCGAAAUGGGCUACGACAGCGAGAGUGCAGCCGGACGUGGCGAACAGUUCCUGAGAACGAACAGCGAACCACCUUUUUGCCUGCCAGAUGAGUCGGGCAGUACAGCACUCCGGCUCCGCCGAACAGCAGCCUGAGUAAUAGAACAAUAAAUGAAUAUUGC